ACUAGACUCGGUUUGUGAAGUAUUAUCAUAUCGAGAGAAUUGAUGGGUAAGAGGAAAGGGUUAUGGUCUCCAGACGAGGACGAGAGGCUGCGAAACUAUAUAGUGAAGCAUGGGCAUGGCUGCUGGACCUCCGUUGCUAUAAAUGCUGGUUUACAAAGGAAUGGGAAGAGCUGCAGAUUAAGGUGGAUCAAUUAUUUAAGGCCAGGGCUGAAGCGCGGCGCCUUUAGCAUGGCAGAGGAAGACACCAUUUUCACCCUUCAUAAAGUAUUAGGCAACAAGUGGUCUCAGAUAGCGCAGCAUUUAGCAGGAAGAAGUGACAACGAGAUAAAGAACUACUGGCAUUCUUAUCUCAAGAAAAGAGUUGCUAAAAUGGAGGUUGACAAAUCUCCAAAUUUGAGUUUACCCAAGCUUUUUUUUGCAGACUGGCUUUGCUUGGAUCAGGAUUUGGGUCAUACCUCAAAUCUUGAAGAUCAUACUUGUUUAUUUGAUGACAUCCACAUCCCAAUUCAUCAUUUUCCUCCAGAGUUCAACACAUUUUCCCAACCCUAAUUGUCUAUCCAACUCUAUGUAGACGAUUCAUUAAACUAAUAAAUGGGAAAUAAAUUAUAUAUCACUCUCGCAGUAGCAGUAUAGUGAUUUGAUGUUUCUGAUUGGCUGAAUAGUUCAUAUAUAAAUUGUUGUAAACAAAAGACAAGUGUUUUCAAAGAAAUAUUGUUUCCCUAUUCCGGUGAAA